CGCAGCACCCAAGACUACCGGAAAAUGUUCUACGGCGCCAACAAGAUCGACGUUCAAGUGCCUUCCCUGGCCCACCUCCUCAUCAAAGAGGUCCUGAAUCCUUUCUACAUUUUCCAAGCCUUCAGCGUCCUCCUGUGGUCCCUGGACGACUAUUACCUCUACGCGUCCACCAUCCUCUUCAUGUCCUUCGUCUCCAUCGGCUCCUCCCUCUACACCAUCCGCAAGCAAUAUGUGCUGCUCCACGGAAUGGUUUCGGCCCACAACGUCGUCCGGGUCACCGUCGUCCGAGGACCCUGUGAAAUGGAAGCCAUAUUCUCCACGGAGCUGGUGCCGGGGGACGUCAUUCUGGUGCCUCCCGAGGGACUCACCAUGCCGUGCGACGCGGUGCUGCUGAGUGGGACGGCCAUUGUCAACGAGAGCAUGUUGACAGGGGAAAGCGUCCCCGUCACGAAGACAGCCUUGCCCGUCCCAGCCCAGGAAGGCGGGCCCCUCCGGGAUCCGGUUUACGACCCAGACGAACACAAGCGGCACACGCUCUUCUGCGGCACCUCCGUCAUCCAAACACGGUACUACUCCGGAGAGCCGGUACGGGCACUGGUGAUCCGGACAGGCUUCUCCACCUCCAAGGGGCAGCUCGUUUGUUCCAUCCUGUUCCCGAAGCCCACCGAUUUCCGCCUCUUCCGGGACGCUUUCCGCUUCCUCCUCUGCCUGGUGGGCGUGGCUGGCAUCGGCAUGCUGUACUCCGUGAUCCGCAGCAUCCAACAGGCCGAGCCCGUUGGCCGCAUCGUGCUGGAAUCCCUGGACAUCCUCACCAUCACGGUGCCCCCCGCCUUGCCGGCAGCCAUGACGGCCGGGGUGGUCUACGCCCAGCGGCGCCUGCGCCGAAAGCAGAUCUUCUCCCUCAGCCCCCAGCGCAUCAACCUCUGUGGGCAGCUCAACCUGAUGUGCUUCGACAAGACCGGCACCUUGACCGAAGACGGCCUGGACUUCUGGGGGUUCGUGCAAGCGCAGGAGGGCCGCUUCCUCCCGAUGGGGCGAGAUGUCCGUGAGCCCCGCCUGGCCAGUUCCCCGUUUGUUGCCGCCAUGGCCGCCUGCCACUCGCUCACCACCCUGGAGGGCCGCCUCUCAGGAGACCCCCUCGACCUCAGGAUGUUCGCGGCCACCGGCUGGAUCCUGGAGGAGCCCACCCAGGAGGAAACGGCCCUCCACGACCGAAUCCAGCCCACCGUUGUCCACCCACCAGGCUGCCGGCUCCCAGCACCCUCAGAGGCACCGACUGGGGACAAGGAGCUUCUGGACCUGAUGGUAAGCAGCCAGAUUGGCAUCUUGGCGCAGUACCCCUUCUCCUCCGGCCUGCGGCGCAUGUGUGUCGUGACGCGUACGCUGGGCGAGAAGCACCUGAUGGCCUACAUGAAAGGCGCGCCGGAGACGGUGGGCAGUCUCUGCCGCAAGGAGACCGUUCCAGACGACUUCUCCUCUAUGCUGGAGUCCUACACGCGAGGAGGACUGCGUGUCAUCGCUCUGGCCAGCCGCCGGCUGGAAAGCAAAUACAUGUGGCACAAAAUCCACCACCUUUCCCGAGACGCCGUGGAGCUCAACAUGGACUUCCUGGGGUUUGUCCUGCUGCAGAACAAGUUGAAGCCGGAAACGGUGCCGAUCCUGGCCGAGCUACGGCGGGCCUGCAUCCGCUCCGUCAUGGUGACCGGAGACAACCUCUUGACCGCCAUUUCCGUGGGCCGGGAGUGUGGCAUGAUCCCGUCCAAGGGCAAGGUGGUCCUGACGGAGGCUCUGCCCCCCAGGGACGGGCAGCCCGCAACCAUCCACUGGCAAUAUGCUGAUGAAUUCCCCACGGCGGACCCGGCACUGCUGGUGGACGACGCAGAUCCCCCCCCUGCUGCCCAGCCAGCCGUCCCGGACAUCAGCUACCAUUUUGCCAUGGGGGGGAAAUCCUUCGCGGUCCUCCUGGAUCACUUCCCAGACCUGCUGCCGAAGUUGUUGCUUUGUGGCACCAUCUAUGCCCGCAUGGCCCCCGAUCAGAAGACGCAGCUAGUGGAAGCCCUGCAGAAAAUGGACUACUGCGUGGGCAUGUGCGGAGAUGGCGCCAACGACUGCGGGGCUCUGAAGCGGGCACAGGCGGGCAUCUCCCUGUCGGAGCUGGAGGCCUCGGUGGCCUCCCCCUUCACCUCCAAGACCCCCAGCAUCGCCUGCGUGCCGGACCUCAUCCGGGAGGGCCGAGCUGCCCUGGUCACCUCCUUCUGCGUCUUCAAAUUCAUGUCGCUCUACAGCAUCAUCCAGUAUCUCAGCGUCCUGCUCCUCUACUCGGUUCUGGGCAACCUGGGAGACGUCCAGUACCUCUUCAUUGAUAUGGCGAUCAUCUUGUCUCUGGCCUUCAGCAUGAGCCUGAACAGCGCCUGGAGGGAGCUGGUCCCGCAACGGCCGCCCAGCAGCCUGGUCUCCCCGCAGCUGCUACUCUCCGUCCUCAGCCAGAUCCUCCUGUCGCUCGCCUUCCAGGUGGGGGCCUUCCUCCUCGUCCAGCAGCAGCCGUGGUACCCCCAGGAGCCAGGGAGCCCUUCCUGGGACUCUGCAGUGACCACUCUGGGUUCCCCCUUUAGGAGCUGCGGCGGCCUCCCCACCAACGGCUCAGCCCCCCCAAACGCCACUGCCCCCCGGGAGAUGGGGGGGCAUGACCCCGACUCCGUGCGCAGCUACGAAAACACGACCCUCUUCUUCAUCUCCUGCUUCCAGUACGUCUUCGUGGCCCUCGCCUUCUCCAAGGGACGCCCCUUCCGGCAGCCCACCCAGACCAACGGCCUCUUCCUGGCCUCUCUCCUCCUGGUGUCCAGCUUCCUCCUCCUGCUGCUGCUCUGGCCGCUGCCCGCCCUGGACCGGCUCUUCCAGCUGGCCUGCAUCCCCUACGAGUGGCGCCUGGUUCUGCUGCUUCUGGCCUUCAGCAACCUGGUGCUGUCCCUCUGCCUGGAGCUGGAGCUGGGGGAGGCGGCCCCUGUGUCUUCCUGCUGCCGGCAGGCGGCCCCCCGGGCCAAGUACCAGCGCCUGGCCCAGGAGCUCCUCUUCGACCCGGACUGGCCCCCGCAGCCCAAGACCAGCACGCGGGCGAGGGUGCCUCCCGCCGAGACCCACGCCUGA